AUGGUCGGAGCUGUUCCAGCCGCUACAGAUGCAGUAGCGGCCGUGUCAAACCCUGUUGCACUGGCCACGCUGCCUGGGGCGUUGCCCUUCGCUGCACCGGUUGCUGCAACUGACGCGAUGAAAUUCUCGCUGUACCCGUCAGGGCAGAAGGUGAAGACGCAGAUGUGCAGAUUCUUCCCUUUUGGCACCUGCAGCAAGGGAGAGGCUUGUGCAUUCGCGCACACGGAGACGGAUCUCGGGAAGCCGGUGGUUGAAGCAGGGGCUGAGAUCGCACCCACGCCUGCUUCAAAGGUGAUGAGGGCAGGCGACUGGAUGUGCGAGUGUGGCAACCACAACUUCGCGAGCCGCAUCUACUGCAACAGCUGCGGCAAGCUCAGACCCGGCAAGAAAGCUGGAGACUGGAUGUGCAGCAAUUGCCGCUCAGAGAACGAUGCUUCCAGAGAUGCGUGCCAGCGAUGCAACUCUGCCAAAGCCAAUGCAAAUCUGACGGAAAAGAUGGAGGCCUCGUCCACAGCCAAAGGGGGACCGAGAAUACGGCCAUCUCCGUAUGGCAAAGGCGGCUCCGAUAGCGGAGCUGUCGGUGGGAAGGGUGGGCAGAAUGGCUGGUGGGACGGCCAGUGGGACGGCCAGACGGCCGGCCAGUCCGAAGACCCAAUCGUUUCCGCCCUUGUCCAAGCCGUGGAUAUCCUCGCCGGCAUGGCUGGUGGUGCCCCCAUGGUGGGCAGCAAACAGCGGGAGGGUGACUGGUAUUGCGAUUGCGGCAACUACAAUUUUGAAAGCCGUGUGAAAUGUAACAAGCACAGCUGUGGCAAGAUACGGCCUGGCUUCGUGGAGGGCGACUGGCUGUGCCGAAGAAGGGAAUGCAAAGCAAAGAACGGCAAAAUGAACGAGGCGAGGUCUGCACUGGCUGCGGCAUUCCCAGGCCGACUGGCUUCUGAAGCUCAGCAGAGGCAAAGGCCUCAUGAGGCUGUUCAGGUCCAGAAGCUGGAGCAGGGGCAGACCUUCAAGAAUGCUGCGACACUGUUGUCAAUGGUCGAUGUGCAGGCCCUCCCUGAUGGGGGAAUUCGUGUCUGCAACCUGCUUCACGUCGAUCCACAUGUUCCACGACUUGUCCCAUCCAACAUAGUGCAAGGCUUUAUCAAGUCAGUCCCCUGCCGUGGAGCUGCGUAUCUAGACAUGGCGCUUCACCUGCAGCUGCCACUACCACUGACUCCCCAGGGGCCGCUCACGCAAGCGCGCCAAGACACCUUCGAGGAGGUGACGAUAAACGGGCGAACAUGCGAAGUCUCGAGGCUUCUUGCGGGCGUGGUCAAAGAUCAAGAAACUGUCCAGGCGACCAAGCGAUGA